CAAAAUCAAUACAGAAUUCCCAGAUCAUAACACCUUUUCCACCUUUAUGGCCUACUCUUAAAACUCCACCCCCACACUUCCACAUUCUUCAACAAAUGCAAAAUCAAAAUCACAUUGUCAUACUAUUACCUUCUUUCUCUCUCCUAUUUGUCUCUCUCAACAACAAAAAUGAAACAAACCCAAUUCCUCAAAUUUCUAUUUCUACUAAUCCCAUUCACAUUCAUCAUCUUCAUACUCAUUAUCUACUUACUCAAAAGAAAAAACCCAGAAAAAAACCAGCCUUCUGAAACAGGGGACCCAGAAUUAGGGAACACUAUUAACAAAAACAACAAGGAAGAAGAAGAAGAAGAAGAAGAAGAGUUGAUGUGUUUCCAAGGGGGUGAAGAUCUGACUGUUCCUGACAUUUUAGAUGCUCCUGGUGAAGUUAUUGGAAAAUCAAGUUAUGGUACAUUAUACAAGGCUAAUUUAUAUAGGAAUAAUAAUAAUAAUAAUUCAAUUUUAUUGCUUAGAUUUUUGAGACCUGCUUGUAGUGGGACCAUUAGAGAAGUGAUUCCUGUAGUACAUGCUAUUGGUUUAGUCAGGCAUUCUAAUUUGGUCCCUCUGAAAGCUUUCUAUAUGGGUCCCAGAGGUGAGAAGCUUUUGGUUCAUCCAUUUUAUGCUCACCCCAAUCUUGCUCAAUUCAUUAAAGAUAGCAACAACGAGUCUCACAAAUGGGAUGUGAUUUACAGCAUUGCCCUAGGUUUAGCAAAGGGGUUAGCUUAUCUUCACACAGGAUUGCACAAACCUAUAAUACAUGGCAAUCUCAAGUCUAAAAAUGUAUUGUUGGGUUCAGAUUUUCAGCCAUAUAUAUCAGAUUACGGUCUACAUCUGGUUUUAAACCCAACCGCGGGCCAAGAAAUGCUAGAGACUUCUGCAGCUCAGGGGUAUAAGGCUCCUGAACUGAUGAAAAUGAAGGAUGUUAGUGAAAGUACUGAUAUAUACAGUCUUGGAAUACUCUUGCUUGAGCUGCUAACUGGUAAAGAACCCGUUAUUACUGCAAACUCAUCAGAUUCUGAACAAUUAUACUUGCCAAAUGUCAUAAGAAGGGCAAUUUUGGAUCAUAGGAUCAAUGAUAUGUAUCAUCCCCAAAUUGUAUCUAAUCAAACAGGAAAACAAAGGCAUAAGACAGAAGAUUGUGCACUGAAGUUGGUUCAACUCGCAAUGUCUUGUUGUUCUGCAUCGCCUUCUCUAAGACCAGAAGCCAGUGAAGUGGCAAGGAAAGUUGAGGAAAUUGGAAAGGAACAAGCUUUACAACACAAAAGAACUUAACAUAUUAUGAUUGAUGAAUGAUUAACUUCAUAUUAUGGCAAAUUUUUGAAGGAGGGGGACAACAAAGAUCAAAACUUUUGAUGAAUUUGUGGUAUUGUGGUGUGCCCACUUUGUUGUAAACAAAAGUUGAAGGAUUGAGUCAGAUGGCAAAGGAAAAACACAUUGGAAUUUGUGCUCAAUCAGACUGCUGGGAUUUUCCAAGAUUUAUUUAAUUGCCCAGAAUCAAGGAAACAUGGGAUGCUGGAUAUUAUUGGGACCCUCAGAAAUUAUCUUCUUGUCUGCUGAUUACUGCAGGAUUUAGCAAGAGGGAAAGCUUAACAAGACCUUGCUAAUGAUUAUGCUUAACAUAUUGAUUAUUUUUUUAGGGAUAAGGAGGCAAAGCCUGCUUAAUUAAUACUUAUAUUUUUGUGGAUGUAGAUAGUUAUACUCAACAGAAAAUUCCAAUCUUGAGUAAAAGUACAGUAAUUUCUUGUACAAUGGUAGCACAGAUAACCCAACUGUGUUGUAAAAUGUUACUCUGUAACUGUUUAGAAAUCUCUAGUUUGUUGUUUA